UUUCCGAAACAAGAAUGUCACAUGCGCUUUUACUUAUUUCUGACAGAGCUUAUUUCGCAGGUAGUAUCGAUCAAAUACUCCUGCACGUCGCGGGGACACGCACGAGGCACUCAAAGCGAGGCGGCGAGGCUCAGUUGAGUAUUUGCGACAACGGGACGGACAACUGUCGGGGAAAAAGUUAUUAAGUAUUCUCCCAUCGGAAUUAUGUCAGAGCGACAAACGGAUUCGUAUGACUCGAGACCGAUAACGUCGAAGAGAACGGAGAGGCCGCCGUUCAAGCUGUGUUUCUCGAGAGACCAGCAGAUCGGAAAAUCCAACGUUUGCAUAUCAAAGACAAACGCGGAGUUCAUUACGCCGAAAUUCUACUCGAGGGAACUCGAGGACGCGCGCAAUGCGGACGUAAGCGAUACGCUCGAGAGACUCGCCAAGGAACAAGAUAGGAACCCGAGGAGCCUGUACCAGUCGCCGUUAUUGACCAGCCACACUUACGGCUGGUGGCAUGACAGGGGGAUACACCCGAAGGAUACGCGGUUCAACUUUCAUAAGAGAACGUCGGACCUCGUGAGCUUCCAGAUGAAAAUUUACGCCGAGGAUCGAAAGUUGAAAGGCCUUAAACAAUAAACAACGAUAGAAAUUUCACUUUGGCUGUUUUAUUUUAUUAUCAGGUAUUCGCUAUUGACGUAAUUCAAUGGCCAUCAUGAAUAAAUGUAUAUUUCGAUUGGGAUCAUU